UAUCUUCCCGGAAACGGUCUCGUAUCAGGCCUGUGAUACGGCGUGCGGCGCAGACAAGCAGCCAGUGGCGGGUUUCGGUCGUGACGUGUGUCGCUAGUACCCGCCCAUCAUCCGCAGCCCGUCUUUGCGGCACAGGGAAUCCGUAACCUGGACAAACAGCAGCCAGACUUCAGUCCACAGAUCCAUCCAUCAUCGCUAUGGGAAUUAUAGCGUUCUUCUUCCAAAUCGAAGCGUUUAUCCCGUACUACUUGAAACCCGUGCACUCCGGGGCACAGACUAUAAAAAGGCGUCAGUGGACGAAAUUUGUACACUGAGGGAAUAAUCCAGCAAAGGGACAAUACCUCACAACAAUGUGGGUGUCCUGUUGAUGCGGAGAUGCUGAUGCUCCACCUAUGAAGUAGCAGAUGUGGACCUGGGCAUAUUUAAACAAGACUGUUUCCACGGGGACAAUGCCUGGGAAAAUGUCUAUGACUUGGUCGCUGAUAAUGCUGCUGAUCACUGCGGUCAGUGACGUCUUAACCCACACACUGACCCCCAGCCCGACCACAGAGAAGCCCUUGUCUCCUCGACACUACCAUCACAUCGACCCCACCACUGGUAACAAGCUGGUGUGCGACAAGUGUCCGGCGGGCACCUACGUGUCCUCCCACUGCACAGAGGCCAGUGUACGGGAAUGCAGCCCCUGUCCAGACGGCACCUUCACCCGGGGUGAGAACGGUGUUCAGCAGUGCCACCGCUGUCAGAGACGCUGCCAAGCCCCAUUUGUCGAGAAAACUCCCUGCACGUCCACCACCGAUCGGUUGUGCAUGUGUCCGCCAGGCAGCUUCUCCCAGGGUGGAAAGUGUCAACGGUACACAUUAUGUCCACCGGGGUGGGGCGUCCGAAAGCGAGGGAGUGAGACAGAGGAUGUGCGCUGCCGGUCAUGUCAGCGUGGCACCUUCUCUGAUGUGGCAUCAGAUGUUCUGAGGUGCCGAUCUCACACAGUUUGCUCGUCUCUGGGCUUAACACUGCUGAUCAAAGGCACAGAAGAGACAGAUAGUGUGUGUGGGCCAACUCCAGCCAGUUCGGUCUAUGUCCUACUUGGAGAGGCCUCCGUUUCCACGGUUUCCAGCACUGAGUCAGCAUACAGAGCAAGCACUGCAGUUUCACCAGCUGCAGAGAUUCAGGAUGUAGCAGGGCCGGUCCUCAGUAGCACAGAUGCGGCCCUCAACGCUGAUGACAUUCCCACAACCACAUCUUCCUCCAAGUCUAGUGAUGAGGAUGGCGGACUCUUAAUCGCUGCAACUCAGGACUUCCCUAAAUUGCAAAACAAGCUUUCCUUAUCACGAGACCCCCAGCUUGCCAACCAACAGGCCAUGGAAACUCUGUCUGAGGGCAAGGCUCAAGGUUUGGGCUACCGGCCCAUCCGCAGGGGUGCGCCGAGGCCUAGCACGCACAAGCACUUUGACAUCAAUGAGCACCUGCCUUGGAUGAUAGUCCUGCUGCUUCUACUGGUGCUGGUAGUGAUCGUGGUGUGCAGCGUAAAGCGCAGUUCGCGGGUGCUGAAGAAGGGUCCCAGACAGGAUCCCAGCAGCAUCAUGGAGAAAGCCAUCCACAAGAAGCCCAGCUCUCCAGCGCAGACCAAGGAGAGGUGGAUCUACUACUCAAAUGGACAGGGUGUUGACAUCCUGAAGCUUGUGGCAGCACAGAUUGGCAGUCAGUGGAUUGACAUGUAUAAGUCUCUGGCCAGUGCCAGCGAGCGAGAGGUGGCCGCCUUUUCCAAGGGCUACUCAGCUGAUCACGAGAGGGCAUACGCUGCACUGCAGCACUGGACCAUACGUGACAGUGACGCCAACCUGGCAAAGCUGAUCAAUGCCCUUCACCGCCAACGCCGCAUUGACGUGGUGGACAAGAUACGUAGUGUCAUGGAAGACAAUCCUCAGGUUGACCUGAACAAACUACUGACGGCUGUGAAUGUAAGCCAUUGUCUGAGCCCCAGCCAUAAGCCUUUCGAGUCGCCCGGUGUGGUGGUGGAGCAGUCCCCCAUGGAGCGCACCAAAGGAUUCUUCACCGACGAAUCAGAGCCACUGCUGCGCUGUGACUCCACUUCCAGCAAGGACUCUGCCCUCAGCCGGACAGGCUCUUUCAUAACCAAAGAGAAAAAGGACACAGUGCUGCGGCAGGUGCGUCUGGACCCCUGUGAACUGCAGCCCAUCUUCGACGAUAUGUUGCACAUUCUCAACCCUGAGGAGCUCCAUGUUAUUGAGGAGAUCCCGAUGGCAGAGGACAAGCUGGACCGCUUGUUCGAGAUUGCAGGAGUGAAAAGUCAAGAAGCAAGCCAGACGCUGCUUGACUCGGUCUACUGCCACUUGCCCGACCUUCUUUAGACCUUUACAACAUCUCACUAUUGUCAGCUACAGAAACAAAGUGACGGACACACAAAUGUGUGCUCACUUUGUUCCAUUGUGUCGUGACAUGCACGUAAUUUUAAAACCUCUGGAAUGCUCAGACGGGAGCUUAUCUGCACAUAAAAACGCAGCUCAUUUCGCUAGAAUUCACAGUGUGGAAGAAGCGUUCUCAUGUUUGUGAGCUCUUGACUGGAUGUCAGUGCUAUAACCUCUCUAACAUACAGCAUAUUCUUGCACACACCUCAGCAUGAUGUCUAACUCAAAGCUAUAUGAUGUAACUUAUGAACUGGUUUGUAAAUUGUUAAUUCAAGCAUUUAGUCCUCUGAUGUUAUGUUAAAAUGUUUUUGUUUUUUUAUUACUACUUACAAAUUAACACAUCCUAAUCAGCAAGAUAUUUUUGUUCCUUAUGUUUGUCUUUUUUAUGUUCUCAAGUAUUACCACUGUAGCUUGUUUAGAUAAUAAUUUUGUGUUUUAUGUGAUUUCAAGGGCACUGAAAACUAUUCUAACUGGUUCUGAUGCAAACCAUGACUGUGGAUUAUGUGCACUCACUACACAACUCUCAAAAUAAACUCCAUUCCCAUGUGCUUUUCCAAUAAAAGAGGACAAAAAACAAGUAUGAUCGCUAAGUAAUUUCACACAGGCUAGAGUACCACCAAAAAAUCUAUUUCACAACAUUUAAAUGUAGCAUUUCAGUGUUGAUAUUGCAGCUGAUGAUAUGUGGUACAGAGAGAAUGUCUCUGUUAAACUCUGUUAAAUCAAGUCACUCUGGUGCUAGAUGUCAAACUAUGGGAUAGUGGUCGAUUUUAUUCCAAUAACAGGGUGUUUAUGGUCAUUUGACCGCUGAACUUUAAAAAAAACAAAAUAAAUGUGGGUCAAGAUGAAAUAGCAGCUUGUAUUGACUCUCCUGGAUCUUAGGAAGAGUGUCAGACGAGCUGUUUGGAAACAAACAAGGACAGAACCAUGGAGCGGAAAGCUAAUAUGUAUUCUAAUGGCUGUUUUAAAGUGUAACACAUGUAACCAAGACAUUUAUUAUUAUUGAUAAUUAUCAUGUAACCUGGGAAAUCAACAGAUUAAAGUUUUUUGUCAUAAA